GACAUACGCGUUUUGAUUGGAGCACGCAGACGACAGACUCGCGCCAGUUUUUGCAGUUGGACCUCCAAUUUGUUGUCUCCCAGUGCAGAAAGAAAAUACAUUGUUAAAAAAAUAUAUAUAAUAACUGAUAAGUGACUUAACACAUUGGUUUUAAGUAAAACCACAUUACUCAACAAUCAUGGCGCCUAAGGAUUACUUGGCUGAGAAAGAGAAAUGCAAGAAGUUCCUUCAAGAGUUUUACAGUGAGGAUGACAAUGGAAAGAAGGUCUUCAAAUAUGGAGCUCAACUUGUUUCCCUGUCCCACAGGGAGCAGGUGGCUUUGCAAGUGGACCUGGACGAUGUGGCCGAGGAGGACCCAGAGUUGGUGGAGAGCAUCUGUGAAAACGCCAAACGCUAUAUGGGCCUGUUCGCUGAUGCCGUCCACGAGCUGCUGCCAGAGUACCGUGAGAGAGAGGUGGUGGCCAAGGAUUCCCUGGAUGUGUACAUUGAGCAUAGGCUGAUGAUGGAGCAGAGAGGUCACGACACCACAGACACCAGGGAUCCUCGCAACCAGUACCCAGCAGAACUCAUGAGGAGAUUUGAGCUCUACUUCAAACCGCCCAGCACUGCCAAACCCAAAGUGGUCCGUGAUGUCCGUGCAGACAGCAUUGGCCAGUUGGUGACCGUUAGGGGCAUCGUGACCCGUGCCACUGAGGUCAAGCCCAUGAUGGCAGUUGCCACCUACACCUGUGACCAGUGUGGGGCAGAGACAUACCAGCCGAUUCAAUCCCCCACAUUCAUGCCCCUCAUCAUGUGUCCCAGUCAAGAGUGUGUCACCAACAAGUCAGGCGGCCGCCUCUACCUGCAGACACGAGGCUCAAAGUUUGUCAAGUUCCAGGAACUGCGCAUACAGGAACACAGUGACCAGGUUCCUGUGGGAAACAUCCCCAGGAGCAUGACCAUCUACACCCGCGGGGAGAACACACGCGUGGCCCAGCCCGGAGACCACGUGGCUAUCUCCGGUGUCUUCCUCCCCCUGCUGCGUAAUGGCUUCAGGCAGGCUGUCCAAGGUCUGCUUUCAGAGACGUACCUGGAGUCCCACAGCAUCACUCUAAUGAACAAGACCGAGGAUGAUGAGCUGGGCACAGCAGAGCUGAGUGAGGAAGAGCUGCGCCAGAUCACAGAGGAAGAUUUCUAUGAGAAGCUUGCUGGCUCCAUUGCUCCUGAGAUUUUUGGCCAUGAAGAUGUGAAAAAGGCUCUGCUGCUGCUGCUGGUUGGAGGAGUGCAGCAGGCCCCCAAGGGUAUGAAGAUCAGAGGCAACAUAAACAUCUGUCUGAUGGGAGACCCAGGAGUAGCUAAGUCCCAACUGCUGUCUUACAUUGACCGCCUGGCUCCUCGCAGCCAGUAUACAACGGGCCGAGGUUCCUCUGGCGUGGGCCUGACGGCAGCAGUGAUGCGUGACCCCCUCACCGGGGAGAUGACCCUGGAGGGCGGUGCACUGGUGCUGGCCGACCAGGGUGUCUGCUGCAUCGACGAAUUUGACAAGAUGGCAGAUGCCGAUCGCACAGCCAUCCACGAGGUGAUGGAGCAGCAGACCAUCUCCAUUGCCAAGGCGGGCAUCAUGACCUCCCUCAACGCCCGCUGCUCCAUCCUGGCGGCCGCCAACCCUGCCUAUGGCCGCUACAACCCGCGAAAGACCAUAGAGCAGAAUAUCCAGCUGCCAGCCGCCCUGCUCUCCCGUUUCGACCUGCUGUGGCUCAUCCAGGACAAGCCUGACGCGGAGGCCGAUCUCCGCCUGGCCCAGCACAUCACCUAUGUUCACCAGCACUGCCGCCAGCCACCCACUCACUUCACCCCCAUCGAUAUGAAGCUAAUGAGACGUUACAUCUCCCUGUGUAAGAGGCGACAGCCCGUCAUACCUGAGUCGCUGGCUGAUUACAUCACGGCAGCCUACGUGGAGAUGAGGAAGGAGGCGCGUGUCAGCAAGGACUGCACCUUCACCUCCGCCCGUACACUCCUGUCCAUCCUCCGCCUCUCCACUGCCCUGGCCCGUUUGCGGCUGGUGGAUGUGGUGGAGAAAGAGGAUGUGAACGAGGCGAUGAGGCUCAUGGAAAUGUCCAAGGACUCCCUGCAGGCCGACAAGUCCAGCACCACCAGAGCCCAUCGGCCAGCGGACGUGAUCUUCUCCCUGCUGCGUGAGCUGGCCACGGAGGGUGUGAAGGGCCGGGGUGGGUCUGGGGGCCUGGUUCGCAUGGCAGAGGCCGAACAGCGGUGUGUUUCCCGUGGCUUCACCCCUGCCCAGUUCCAGGAGGCCCUGGAGGAGUAUGAGGAGCUCAACGUGUGGCAAGUCAACCAGGCCCGUACCCGCAUCACCUUCGUCUAAAGCAGGGCUGUUUGAUUCCAGUCCUAGAGGGCCUGAAUACUUUCUGGUAUUUAAUUGUACUCAACUGGUGUCCCUGGUCUGAAUUAGUCCCUGAUUAGGAGGAGAGGAUGAAAACCAGAAGUGUUUCGGCACUCCAGGACUGACCUUGCGCCCCCUUCACCAGCCACAGGCCUUUUUCGCCCAAACCCGGUCAAGGGCUCUGCCUGUGACGAGAUGCUUAAUGGGCUGCUGACUGCGAUGGGACCCCUUAGUGUGUCCCCAUCUACGCCGUUAGAACAAACAAUUAAAUGUAAACAUGCAUUGUGGUUCUUGGCUUUGUUUUGGAAUGGUUAAAUGUUGCUAACUUUUCUUCCUUGGCUAUUAAAUGCUCUUUUUUUAAAAAUGUUAUAUGGCUGCUCUCAAAUAAAACUCUGUAAAUACAAUUAUUUGUUAUGCAAUCUUUUUGACUCAACCUCUUGUAUUACAUAUACAAUGGUCAUUGGAGUAGGCCUUUAGCUCUAGUUAAAUCAAUGCCUGGAGCUGACAUUUUGAGCUUCUGUGUUACAACUUGAAUAUACUUUGGCUAUAGGGGAAUUAAUGGACAAUACUUUCAAUGCGCUCUUAAAUACUUGUACAUUAUGAAUGUCAGUAUUAAUAAAUUCAUGGCUUAACUUGAUUUCGUGGCUUGUUACUCAAUUUCUUAACUUCCUAUAGUUUUGAAAAUCUAUCGAAAGCUUCAUUUCCUAAUACAUCAUGACUUGUGCCACAGGGUUAUUUGAUACAGCAGGCUGCUUACUGUAUGUAGGUCACUGUCCCUCUGACUCAAAUAAUUUUGUUUCUGUUCAUGUGGAAAGAAGAGCUGUAAAGGCCCCUGACACCUGGUUUGUUUUAGGAUCAGUCUUGCUGUGUAGACGGUAUUUUAUGCGUUCGGUAGCGCCUGUCCAUGGUUGUCUCGCCUGUAACUACAUUGAAUAUAAUCAUGCAUGUUUUUGUCAAACUUCUGCAAUAUAGGCCUAUUAAAAUCCGCAAUGCAGGGUAAUGUAAAACUAUUCCGUAACCCUGAGUUGAUAGCCCAGGUGGGACUUGUCCAUAACCCGAUGGUAAUUUAUGUAUGGUCCACUUUGAUUUUUACCACAAUAGGACAGCGUCGUCUCAACGUAAAUUCUCCACCCAGCAACGUGUUCGUUCAAAUCUAUCUCAUCGAAAUUAUACACCUGUCGCAGAAAGGUGCUUAUUUCCUCAAAUACAACAUUCGGCUGCAGGGUCGUGCACAUACAUUUUUGGGGGACGUGUUCAAAGGGCACGCAAUUAUUUUUCUUCCCCACAAGCGCAGUCAGACUCGGUUGAGCAGUUGCAGGAGGGGAAAGCCGCACAAUCUGACUAGACUAUUUUGAACUUGAAUAAAUGCUGCACUGAACAUUGACCAACAGGAUUCCAAUCAAAAUAGACAAUUGUAAAAUACUGUAGCCUUACCAACCCAACUCAAUUUAUUGCCAGUGAUGUAUCCUGUGGUUUUCAAAACGUUUUUGGGCCCCCAACCCCCAAAAAGCAGUGAUAGAAAACGCGUGACCCCCCCCCCCCCCCCCCCCCGUGUGCACACGCAAAUGUAGCUUGUCAUUACAGCCAUACACGGGGAUGCAUUUUCAGAACGCAAGCUAGGCUACAGAAAUAAACUGCGUUUUUACACCUGCAUUUGGAGCUGAAAGUAAUUAAUGUUAGCAGCCAAUUUCAACUAGGGAUAUGUCACUCAUCUGGAGUCCAGAGCAAGCAAAAUCCUAAGUGUGUGUCGGUUGCAGGAUGGAAAGCAUGUUUUGUCUGUACCGCACCAUCACUUUGAAGGGAAAUAUCGUAAUAAAUUCGCCAGAAUGUUACAUCUUCAUCCCAUACUAUUGAAGGCAGUACGAUGUUAAAGCUGCUUAUCUUUAGACAUAUCGCCAGUAGACACCCAAACUAGGCCUAUCUGGAACAGGACAAUUCUCAAUCGCUAGAUUACUAAACUGCAUUGUAUAUGGGUGAUAAACGUAGACCUACUUUGUUUUUGCUAGGCAAAACUGGAGGAACUUUAACAAGUUCUUUCUGGUCACAAAUCUGGAUAUGAGCGCCCAUUUUUCGUGCCAAUUGAUGACUGUUCGGGUCAACAACCAACUUUUUGGUACUGAAGUAUAGAUGAGAAUUUAAGGACGACUUGCGUGCAGUGGGUUCAGAACAACUACAAAAAUAUAGCAUUUUGGGGGAAAUUAUACCACCAACAAAAAGGGCAUUUGGAGACGAAGGGGCAUGUUAAAUAUUGCCCCCAUUGGUGUGAACUUUAGAUGGAAAAAUGAAAUCUAUCAACAAAAAAUUGAAAGUUUUGUGGACAUUUAUUGUGUCCCUCGAAACUAACGGUUUCAUUUGCCCUUUUUAAAAAUUAACGGCUUGGUCGGGGACAGUUCCUCUGAUUUCAACACACUGCACACAGGCUUGUAUAAAAUGUUCAGUUGCAUACCACAUGCUGUUCUAUAUUAGUGUUAUUUUCUACACAUUCUUGGCUUCAUGCUAUUGUAGGCCUAGAUUGCUUGGGUCCACUUUUGGAAAUUCUAGUUUUGCUCUGAUGAAAAGGCUGUAAGGUUUUUUCGCCCAAACCCGGUCAAGGGCUCUGCCUGUGACGAGAUGCUUAAUGGGCUGCUGACUGGGAUGGGACCCCUUAGUGUGUCCCCAUCUACGCCGUUAGAACAAACAAUUAAAUGUAAACAUGCAUUGUGGUUCUUGGCUUUGUUUUGGAAUGGUUAAAUGUUGCUAACUUUUCUUCCUUGGCUAUUAAAUGCUCUUUUAAAAAAAAUGUUAUAUGGCUGCUCUCAAAUAAAACUCUGUAAAUACAAUUAUUUGUUAUGCAAUCUUUUUGACUCAACCUCUUGUAUUACAUAUACAAUGGUCAUUGGAGUAGGCCUUUAGCUCUAGUUAAAUCAAUGCCUGGAGCUGACAUUUUGAGCUUCUGUGUUACAACUUGAAUAUACUUUGGCUAUAGGGGAAUUAAUGGACAAUACUUUCAAUGCGCUCUUAAAUACUUGUACAUUAUGAAUGUCAGUGUUAAUAAAUUCAUGGCUUAACUU